AAGUUGUUUGCCAUUGCUUCUAACGAAGAAGACGGUGUUGGUGGUUGCCUGAUUUUUUUUAUGGAAUGAUCGCGUUAUAGAUAUUUUCACGAUAUCGUUGGUCCAUGCGAUACAUUCGUCAUAGUUUUUUAUGGUUUAUUUCAAGGUCGUUGCUGUGACUCUUCGUCCACUUUCUCCCUGAACGCAGAAGCUGUGGACUAACGUGUUGAGAGGUGACUCAACUGCCAAAGGAGAGCAGCCAAAGGGAUGGCUACGGGAGGUGUUCCUUUUGAGGACAGUGCGGAGGAGCUACACAACUGGAGUAUCACAAAUGUCAGUCUGGAAGACAGGCUGAACAAUAUGGAUUGGGGUGUGCAGCAGAAGAAGGCGAACAGAUCCGCUGACAAGAACAAGAAGAAGCCUCCGGCUGGGGUGGUGGAGAGCCGUCUAACUAAUGACAUUUCACCUGACUCAACGCCUGGGGCUGGACGCAGGAGAAUACACACCCCUCAUUCCUUACCGCACAUUAAAUACACCACACAGAUGUCUGUCCCAGACCAGGCCGAGCUGGACAAGUUGCGUCAGAGGAUCAAUUUCACAGAUCUUGAUGAGCGAAGCGUCGGAAGUGACUCACAAGGUCGCGUCACUGCUGCCAACAACCAGAGACAGUUGGGGAGCGAUGUCAAGAAGCCCUUUCUCCCUCUACAUGUUAACACUAACAAAAGCAAGGAGUUGCAGCCUCCCUCAUUUUCUGCCCCGGCUACUCCAGCACUAACCAAGGAGACGAAGAAACAGAGUCCAGUACUCAGAGAUUCAGCAGCACCAGUGGUACUCAGAAAGGAUAUAUCACGACGCACUGGUGGAACUGAGAGGGGGAUCACUGGUCCAAGAGAACACAGGAGGGGAGAGUCGUCACUCGACAACAGCCAGGUUGUGAGCAAGCUGGUUCAGAUCCGGGAGUACAUCAGUAAGGCCAGGUCCAUGUGGGCUGACCUGGUUGAGAAGAACGAUGUGCCGGCCAAUGUGGAGCGACUGUCGCAGCUCAUCGAGCACCUCAAAGAGCAGGAACAGUCCUACUUACGAUUGCUCCAAAAAAUGCUGGCACAGCACAAUGAGCAGGACGAUGCUGGGACUAUGGAUUCUGCAGUGGGAUCUGGAUCAUUAGCUGAGAGCAAUGUUGAAAAUCCCUCUUCUGAUGCGUAUAAUGCAACGGUGGGUCCACUUGAUGCUGAUCAGAAGGAAGAGCUGGAAAAUCUGCGGAAGCAGCAUGAGUUACUUAAAAAGAUGCUGGAGCAGCAGGAGCAGCUGAGGGUGUUGCAGGGUCGGCAGGAGGCUCUGAUGGCCAUGCAACACAACGGAGGACAGGCUCUGGCUGUCGUCGAUGAUACUAUUGUCACAGAAACUACGGGAAGUGUGUCUGGCUUGAGCAUCACAUCGGAGCUGAACGAUGAGUUAAAUGAUCUGAUCCAGCGGUUUCAUAACCAACUUCAUGACUCUCAGACCAAGACAGUUCCAGACAAUCGCCGGCAGGCAGAGAGUCUCUCCCUCUCCAGAGAGGUGGGCUGGUCCAGACCUCCUCAGGCUCCAGGACCUCCUCAACACAGGCCUCUACUCCAUUCUGCCUCUGGCCCUCACACUGGCCUCGACACCGGUGCUACUGCAGCCAAGCUCACUAAGCUCCAAGAGCUGCAAGACAAGAAACAAACUAUGGACCGGAUUCUUCAGGAGCUACAGUCACUCCGAGAUCAAACGCUAAACAACAACUACUGUCGUGGGGUGUCGGCACAACGCAGCUUGAGCUUCGGAGGAUCAUCUGACUAUCCACCUGCUCUUGGCGCUGCUGCUUCUACAUCUUUUCACUUGUCACACAAACAACACCAGGACCAUACCAAAUCCACAGAUAAGCUCAGGAAACUGAAGGAAGUCCACAAGCGUUUGAACGAGCUCCGUGAGUUGGUGCAGUACUACGAGCAAACCUCUGACAUGAUGGUUGAUGCGGUUAACGAAAACGUCAAGGAGGAGGGCGAUGAUGAGGACGAGGAAGACGAGACUGAGGACGGCUCCUUAUUUGAGGCCAUAUUUGACUCUGAGCAGGAGACUCACCAGCCGGUCACGAAUAUCCGGAACAAACCACAAACUGGUAACUGGGCUGACCGAAACAGCUUGACCAUCGGGGGCAGUGCCCAGGGAAGCACAUCCAACAACCAUGACAGCCGACUCAACAGGGAUUGCGAGAUCAACAAUCGCACUGCCAACAUCCGCAGCCUUAACGUCACCAUAGAUUGUCAGCACAAUCGGGACGCUCCUUAUAAACAGGCCAAGGGUGAUGAGGACCGGAAUAAUGAUGGAGCGCGGCCUGUGACGCUGGACAACGAGUCAAGUCGUAGAAGCAGCCUCGAUGAUGCUGAUGAGUAUCCUCCAAAGAUGCACCGGCAGACAGCAAAGCAGAAGCUCAGGCAGCUGCAGGAGCUAGUAGCUAUGGUUCAGAGCGAUGACACAGAUGUUACAACGGCAAAUGAGGAUGAUUCUCUGCAACAACAGCCCAACAACACUAGAGCGCCUGUGACGGAACCACAGAGCACCAGGUCAAAGCAGAAUCCGAGGGAAGUUUCUCUCUCAAGCAAAGCAAGGGAGCAGCUGUAUGAGGAGAAGCUGCGCCAGCAAAAGCAGGAGCUGAAGCAGCUGCAUGAAGAACGACGCAGACUUAUCGAAAUUCAGGACAAGAUCAGUGACCUGCAGUGGGCUUGUCCAGAUCUACAGUCGUCUGUGUCAAGUACGGGUCAGCAGGGGCUUCUUCGGAAAGUUCCUGCAGCUUCAUCCACUCCAGCAAAGCCGCUUUCUUCCCCGGGGCCAAAGUUCAAUUCUGUGGGACUCAAGCCUACGCCACCAGAAGCUGCGACUCCUGCUGUCACUGACAAUGAGCAGCUUUGGUCAGAGAUGCGCCGCCACCAGAUCAUGCGGGAGGAACUACGUCAACGAAGGAAGCACCUAGAAUGUUUAAUGGCAGAACACCAGAGACGCAAUGGCUUCAGUGACUCUUUCAGACUGGAUGACAAUGAUAGCUCAGCCACGCCCUCACAGCCCGCUAGUAGAGAUGAAAGGACUAUGGCUACCUGGGGUUCAACUCCCUGCAACCUGAAUGCUGGCGACGAGGAUGACGAGGAGGUGGAGGGAGAAAACUCGGCAACUGGCAUAGAUGAGGAACAAGAAGGUGGCGCUGAGAGCACAUCUGAUGAUGACGAUGUUCAAAUCUACUCGUCUGGCAGGGACCAGCGCCGCUACACUAAUGGGAACAAUCGAGAAUGCAACCUGCAGCCUCUGCCGACCUUCUCCUGUGAUAGCAGUGUGCAGCCUUCUCCUCAGGGCAAAGCAGAUGCCAAACCAUUCUCCCGAGGUUUGAAUCAGACCGCGAAUCAGCCAGGUCCGAGACGGCAGGAGAACCUGCGCUGGGCAUCUGACCUGUCAUCUGUAGAGGGCUCGUGGCACUGGCAGGAGCAGAUCAGUCAGCUCCAGGGACAAUUGGACUUCAGCACCAGCAUGUGUCAGACUCUUCUGCAGGACCAGCAGAACCUUUCCUACAUGUUGCAAACGUUGCUGACUGGUCAGUACAGCAUGCUACCCAACAACCUGUCAUCACCGCAGGUCCACCUGGUUAUGCACCAACUCAACCAAUGUUAUACCCAACUAGCAUGGCAGCAGAACAAUGUCCAGAGACUAAAACAGGUGCUGAACGAGCUCCUUCUCCAGCAGCAGCAGCAGCAGCAGCAGCAGCGGAUUCCUCCAUCUGCAGGUUUGGCAGCACAUAACCAGAGCUCCUCCAAAAAUCCUGCCACCUGUCCGUCGGCUUCUUCUGGUGUCUUUCCUCCAUUUUCCUCCUGUCUACAUUCACCAGCCAACAACAUGGCCUCUGCUGCCUUACCUGCACAUGCUCCAAGCUUUAGUUUGUUCCCCCUCUUUCCUGGAACAAUGGGAACAGCCCCGGCAGGAGCAACAGAGCAGCGGAGCCCUGACAAUCCAAAGCAGCAUUUGGAUGCCAACCAUUCGAUGAAAACAGAGUACAUGAGUUUCCCUCCUCCGCUGCAGCGUUCCCCAUUUAAUUCCACCACAGAGACAGAAUCUGCAGGUUGGCUCGAUGCGUUGCACAAAAACAACACUGUCGCCGAUCAGACAUCCAAGACGGCAAAUGAGUCACCGGCGACCGGACCCCGCCGUAACAGACUGCAAGAUCUCGACCAGGCUUCGCAAGAAAGCUUCAGCAGCUUGGUCGAUCCCUUUGACACGGCCAUCAUGACUUACAAGACUGGGCGAAAGGCAUCUGCCCAGGCCAACUUGGCCACCAGAAGUAAGACACCAAAAACCAAAAGCAGACGCAGAUGGAGCAAGGGACGCAACAACAACACUGAUGGCCAGGAGAGUGACGGUGUCAGUAGCAUUACUGACAUCUGUCAGAAGAGGGCAGCACCGACUCACCCGAGGGACAAAAAUCAGCAUCUGUUGGAUAAACUGACGCAAGAGAAGCUGGACAGUAAAAGCUCAGCCGGCAAUAAACGAAAUGACCUCUCCUCUGCUUAUGCUUGGAGAACACCCUUCCUCUGUAACAGAAUUGCAUGCACAGAGGCACCAGAUGCCAGCAGCGACUUCUCGCUCUUCGAGGCUCUGAGGGAGACCAUCUACUCUGAAGUGGCAACACUAAUAUCUCAGAACGAAUCCCGGCCUCAUUUCCUCAUCGAGCUCUUUCAUGAGUUGCAGCUGCUUAACACUGACUACCUUCGCCAGAGGGCGCUAUACUCCUUACAGGAUAUUGUCACCAGACACUUGUCAGAGAACGGUUCAUCCAAGGACCAGAUUCACCCUCUAGGACCUGAAAAAUGGACUACAGAUGUUCAGUCUGAACUCACACCGAGCCAAAGCCUGGAGACCAGCGAUGAUGAGGUGGUGGAGAAGAACCUGAGGCUUCCUCAGGACUUGAAGAAGAAGGACGAUACUGAGUCUGUGGGCAACGACAGCAUGUCCACCUCCUCUAACCUGGAUCCAUUCGCCAAAGAUGACCUCGGCAACACAGUGAUUCACUUAGACAAAGCUUUACACAGGAUUAAAGAAUACGAGCGCAUGAAGCUUAAAGCCGUGUUUGACACCAUCCAUGUGGAUGGUGCGGGGGCUAGCGAGUCUGAUGGUUCGAACGCUGAAUGCGGUGCUGACUCCGCUGCUGAUCCGCUGGAAGCAGAACGGGCCGGUGACGUCCCGCAUCCGCAGAUCGACACCCAGCUGUUGGACCGACAGAUCAAAAGCAUCAUGAAGGAAGUGAUUCCUUUCCUCAAUGAGCACAAGGACGAGGUGUGUUCCCCGCAGCUGCUGACGUCUGUGCGUCGCAUGGUGCUGACUCUGGCCCAGCAGAAUGACGAGAGCAAGGAUCUGGUCAACUUCUUCCACAGGCCUCUGGGUGGCAUCCUGCAGGAGUCUCUGAACAAGUUCGUGGGCCGGACUCUGAAUGACUGCGGGGAGGAUCUUCUGGUGGAAAUCUCCGAGAUCCUCUUCAAUGAACUGGCCUUCUUCAGGCUCAUGCAGCAUCUGGACAGCAGCAGCAGCAAAGUAUCCUCAGCCGCCAAGCAGAAGACCAAGGAGGCUGACCCUGCUAAACUGAGCGGCGCUCUGAAGGUCGGUUUCCCUCUCCACACUCUCGCCACAUGGGUCUUGGUCCUGUCUAAAAACCAGUCUCCUACACAGGAAAACAACGUGGCUGCUGGGGACAGAUCCUAUUCUCUGACCUACUUGGACGAAGACAAGGACCAAGACGAGGCUGAGCAGGAGGCAGAGCCCACGUUGCAGGCCUCCUACAUGCUGACUAAGAUGAACAACCAGAGGAGCAGUGAAUCUUCCGAGGCUGAGGAGGAGCUGGGUGGAGGACAGGAGCUGCCUCUGUCCAUCAACCUGUCCAAAGCCGAGAGCCAGGCUCUGACCAGCUACGGCAGCGGGGAGGACGAGAACGAGGAGGAGGAGAUGGAGGAGUUUGAGGCCGAACCUGCGGAAGUGCAGACAUCUGUGCAAGCUUCAGCCGAGGAGGUGGUGCCAAGUGAGGCCAUGGAGGAGAAGAGCGAGGAGAGCGAAGAUGACGCCAACAUGUCAUUUGGGCCGGGGAACUCUACUGUAGUGGAGCAGACCUCAGACCAGCAGAGCGAAGCCACCGCCGUUGCAGUUCACGCAGCCGCCGUGCUGGAGAGCAACACCAGCAGCAGCACCGACUCCCCCGUCAUGAUCAACGCCGACCAGGAGGUGGGCUCAGCCAACACCAGCCAGAAGUCAGACGAGGACGACUUUGUGAAGGUGGACGACCUUCCUCUGCAGCUCACAGUCAUGUGUCAGGUGACAGCUGACCAAACAAACACACAGAAGGAGGAGCUGCAGAAACGCAUCGUGGAGGAGCAGCAGAACAACAACCUGUCGGUGGAGAUCCUCAACGGGAACACGGACACUCUGAACGGACUGGUGGGAACCACGGACGCCGUGAAGGACCCAGAAAACCUGGAUGUGCCGAGUGUGUAAGCCUCAACACUAUCGUUCGUUGCAGCUCUGUUUCUUCUGUUCAAAAGAAAAGGUCAAAUAUGCUAAAAUAAUAAGUCACUUGAGCAGAUAUUUGUUCCACUGUAGCUCUCGGCUGAAUGUGACCUGAAGUUGGGGAGGGGUGGGGGGAGUUCAUCUUGUUGCUGCUGAAGUUUCUGUUCAAUCCAUGAGCUGUUUGGAUCCACCCUUCAGCCUCGAGGGACAUGGAUGUGUGUCGGUUCAAGCCCACUGUUGUUGCACUGCUCUGCAUCUCUGCACUUGAUUCCUGUUGAUUGACUCAUCUCCAGUUCCUUUCUGUCAAGUUUUAAGCUCCUUUUAAGGAUGAUCUUUGUUCACGUGUGAAUGCAAAUGCAUCGACAUGGAAAUUUUAGUAAAUAAAUUGUUUAAUAAGUGACGUCCACACCUUUUUAUUGUUG